ACUCGCGGUUCGCGCAACUGCGUGCGCCUACGAGAGGGGACGGAGAUCGAAGCCGGGCUGCAGCGCUGCACAUGCGCGCAGUGCUCCUUUGCACGCACGGUUAUGGGGUGCCGUUGUCAUGGAAACCAGGAAUCUCUCGUUUUCUCUCCGCAACGGUCGAGAAGCGAGAGAAUUACAGGCAGUUAAUUCACAUAGCGUGCAGAUAUAUUCUGUAAUAGUUUAACUAUAUUAAGAAACACCCCUUUAAUUAAUUCCAUGGGAGGGGAGAGGGCAAAAGUUUCUGCAUGCAGAUUUAUUCAAAUUGACCACAGAGAGAAAUGUUAUUAAAGCACCAUUUUAGAUAAUGUGCCAUUCGAGCUAAUAUCAAUUUUUUUAAAAAAAAAAGUUCGCUUUACUUCAUCCAGAUUCUUCAAAACUAAACUAAUGUUUAAUUUACGCAAAAUGCCUCUUCCCUCCUCCCAAUUCAUCGACAAUGUUCCUCUUCGUUUUUAUUUAGAAGGGAUUGUUUUUGGGGAAAACUGAUUCCUUUGUUGUCAGGCUUGGGGUAUUUCUCCCUAAAACAAUUUUUGUGACUGGAUGUGGCCUUUGUCUAGCCACGUGUUUUAAACUAAUGUAGUUUAUAUGAUAUGACUGCAUAUAAAAUUUAUGUGCAUGUUGUAUUAAGCUACUGAAUGCACAAGCCAAAAAGGGAGAAUAUCUUUUAAAUGAAUAAAGUUAUUUUUUUUAGCUGCCAAGAUUUCAAUAUAUUAACCAGCUGCAGUUUAGUUCACAGCCAGGUCCAUCCUGACAGCUAAUUGGGUACAAUUAACUUUGUUCUCCGCAGUGAUUGUCCCAAAAUGGUCAUAAUUUAGGAAAGAUCUCUCCCCAGCUUACCAAACCCUCCAUAGAGGCAGAUGCACAGGACAGCCCUGGUGUAAUUGACCCCCUAUGCUAUACAUUACGAUGACUGUGGAACAGGUACACAGUUUAUUCAUCCUGGGUUUACUCACCUAUUCUUGGCUUUUCUGGAUGCUGCGUUUUUCUCUGACUAACUUUGGAAAAAUCGAAGAAGUCAAUGCAGUCUACGUAUCUGCCAGGCUGGUGUCCUCUGUGCAGGCCAUCAUGGCUUCUACAGUCGGCUACAUCGUCUCCUCGUCCUGCAAGCACAUUAUCAACGACCAGCACUGGCUGACAGCAACCUACACACAGUUUGCUGUUCCCUACUUCAUCUACGACAUCUAUGCCAUGUUCAUGUGCCACUGGCACAAGUACCGGGUCAAGGGGCACGAGGCAGCCUCAGGGGCAGUUGGGAAACGAUCGCUGCGCACCGUCACCCGCACCUACUUACACAAGGAGUUCCUCAUGGUGGUCCAUCACCUCUUCAUGGUGCUGGUUUGCUUCCCUGUGUCUGUGCUCUGGCGCCAGGGCAAAGGCGACUUCUUCCUGGGCUGCAUGCUAAUGGCUGAACUCAGCACCCCUUUCGUCUGCCUUGGCAAGGUCCUCAUUCUGUACAAGCAGCAGCACACUCUUCUGCAUAAGGUCAACGGGGUCAUCAUGCUGGUGACGUUCUUCUGCUGCCGGAUCCUGCUCUUCCCCUACAUGUACUGGGUAUACGGGAAGUAUGUUGGGAUUCCCCUCUACCGCGUGCCCUUCUCCAUCCCCGCCGAGUACAACCUGGGAUCAGCGAUCCUCAUGGCACCCCAGGUUUACUGGUUCGGUCUCAUCUGCCGUGGAGCCUUCCGCGUCUUUUCCCGCGCCCGGAGCGCCGCGAAGGAGCAGGCCUUGCGAAACGGGCACCGGCCAGAAGAGGCACAGGUGCUGGACUGAUCACUGCCCCCUCCUCACCUCAGCCAGAGACGGACAGAACAUGUUUUCCUCUAACUUAUUUAUUUAUUGGGGAUGUGGGAGGGACUGGAGUAUUUGGGGGAGUGGGCUCCUAGGCCAAAUGGGAUUUGGAAAGGGGGCUGGAGCGAAGUAUUCCGAGGACACAGCAGUGCAGGCCGGAAGUCCCCUGGUUUCUUACAGAAUUCUGUUGCCAAAGGCAACCCUCAUUAUACGCAAUUUAGAAGUCCCUUGGGGGUGAGUGGUGAGGCUAGGGUCCCAAGCCAAAGGAGAACACAUGGGAUCUCUCUUGCAGGGAGACUUUCAGGCCAGGAGGGUUUUUAAAAGGCCAAGAACCAGGGUACAGUUGAAGUUUCUUUGGGGCUGUGAAACAAAACAAAGGGAUUCUGGGGGGUGGGGAGGUUCUGCCAAGCCAAACAAAUGAACGAAAAACCCAAAACGUUUUAUUUGAAGUAUUCCCAGUUGUUUGCAUCAUACCCACGAGGCCAGCCCCAGGAUGAUCUGAGUGGAGGCGAGAAGAGAGAACUCCAGUCAUCGGCAUGGGGUCAUGCUAGUCAUACAGUGGGGGCAGAUAGACCAAGGGGACAUUCUCUGCUAUUAACCAUAGACACAACAGUAUUCCCCAGUAUUAUUCAAGGUGCUUAGGAAUUUUCAUAGGAUGCCCAAUCAAGACAAAAAUAAAAACCCAAGGCUUUUUUUGGGUGCUGCUUGAAUAGCAAGUAAUCUGCAGUAUUACCGGGGUGCCACCCGCCAGAAACAUCCCCAAUUGCACACCCUUGAAAUGGGAAGGUGACCAGAGGGGUGCUUCCUAACCACCGUCAGCCCCCCAACGAGCAAUAACCAAGUAGGGGAGCACCUGCCCCCUUGCCACCUUCUCCUCAGUUCAGCGCACAACACGCCCCCCCCCCCCUUUCACUUUUCCUUCCUAGAAAUCCCCACUCCACCGGGCAGGGGAUCCAGCUGUAAAUAGGGGAUGGGCGGGCUGUAUUUAUAACCUGAAAUCUGCAAAGUAUUAAAGGAGCCUUUAUCUAAUGCCA